AUUAGGAGCUUAGCUCGUCUCAUUUAACAUAGUAGUAGACUAGUAGUAAUAAAGUAAUAAAGGGGCUAUUUUGAUAUUUCUGAGAAGCACAGGGCUGUUUUGAUUACACCACAUGACCCAAGGACACAAUUACAAUUUCCAAAUCCAACUUCGUAUAAAUACCCGCAAAACCCUAACCAACUUCACAAAUUUCAGCAGUCGACGGCACGAAUCCUGUGAGAACUCCAAUUCGCCUCCGCGCAGAGAAGAAGAGAAAAUGUCGGUCGGAGAGCUCGCUUGCACGUACGCCUCUUUGAUCCUCCACGAUGAUGGCAUCGCCGUCACUGCGGAGAAAAUCGCUACUCUGGUUAAGGCUGCGAAUUUGACUGUGGAAUCGUACUGGCCGAGCCUCUUUGCGAAGCUUUGCGAGAAGAAGAACAUCGAGGAUCUCAUCGUGAACGUCGGAUCCGGAGGCGGUGCUGCCGUCGCCGUGGCUGCUCCGGCCGGAGGCGCUUCGGGUGCGGCCGCCGCAGCUGCUCCCGCCGCUGAGGAGAAGAAGGAGGAGCCAAAGGAGGAGAGUGAUGAUGACAUGGGAUUCAGUUUAUUUGAUUAGAGAGCCAAUUUCAGCCUGUUUUUAAGAUAUGGGGUUUGCAAAUUUGGGUUGGCUUAUUUUAUGUUGCAGAAGUUUUUGUUUUUACUUUCGAAGGAUGUCUGCGAUUGUACAGCUGGGCUUUGAACGGCUUUUUUCGUGCAUUGCAGCACCACGCACUAUAUGUUGGUUUUCUUUAUGACUUACAAAUCUUGAUAUGCUGUGAAAUUGGUCGAUUUCGUUAUUAUUCUUUUAUUAUGCUUUACCAAUUUAACGUGAGGUGGUCCGUCAAUCUCUAUGAACCCUGUCUCAAGCUCAAUGGAGGCAAAGGCAUUACCCAAAGGGCAAAAUGGUCAUGCAGCUCAUGUAGAACCAAUGCCUACCCGAGACCCAUAAUAUCGAAUAUCAAUCUCCCGAUCCCCUUAUAUACAUAAAUUUUUUAUGUGAAUCUGAAAUCAGAAAAUGGUUAUCCUAUUUUUUCAUUAUAUUCUUGGUUUGACUUCUGCAAAUUUAUGUAAGCACUUCAAAAGUUUAUAGAUAACCAUUUUCUUAAAUUCUCACCACAGAAUGUGUUGUCAAUACAAAACAAUUUUGCAAAUGCAUAGAAGUCUCUCUAGGUUCCACUUAUAAAGUAGAAUGAAAACAUGUCAAAUGGUCUAUAGAUAUUCUCUUGAUUCAUGAAUAUGCCUGUCGUGC